AUAUGCCCCAUGUAUUCAUUUCACGACAUACAUUUGCAGUAACUGGUGUUCAAUAUGAUGCUUGCAAUAUUGUGUGUUUUCGUUUUAUUUUCCACGGCGUACUCAAAUGAAGAAACAAAAAAAUGUGAGGAAGUGAACGUUUAUGAUAAACCGCAUCAGAAGCAUGUUCUAAGCAUGGGCCUCAACCGACCAUAUCAACUCGCAUUUGACAAACACCAGCAUCGCACGUUUUUCAGCCACAAUGUUGGACUCGAUAAUGAAGAUUCGUUCGAAAUUGCAUACGUUGAAAAGGGAGAAAUGAUACCAAAAGUUGUACACGACGUAAAAAAUGGAUUCGCUAUUGCCAUUGAUAAUAAGGAUGGAAUCAUUUAUUACGGAGGCAGCGAAGGAAUUAAAAAAGAACACCUAAAAGAAAAGAAUGCAACUAUUCAUGAAGUAUUAAAGAAUCAUAAUGUAUGGGAUAUGUUUUAUAAACACGCCCUAUAUUUCAUCACCUAUCCAUCGCAGCAUUUAUAUAAAUUGUUACCAAAAAAUGAGGUUGAACAUCAAAAACACAUACAUGAAGAAAUUUAUCAAUUUGUCAUAGAUGGACAUAACGAUAUUUUCAUUACUAAUAAAACAGGAUUAUUUUUGAUAAAAAAUGGUACGGAUGAACGAAUUCACUACAAAGGACCCAAAAUAUUUCGCGCUAUAGAGGUGAAUAAUGAAGGUAAAGCUCAUUUUUGUGGUAAAAAUGGCAUCUAUACAGCCAAUAAAGCUGAUCACACAUUAGUUAUGAUUGCCGAAAUUAAACAUAUUUUUGGAAUUACCUUCGAUAGUAAUGAUAAUAUUAUUUACUCAGAUCCUCAUGAAAUAGUUAAGCUGGUACCAGGAACUUGCGAAAAGUAAUAUUGUAAUUGUAGUAUUGUAACAUUGCUACUUUUUAUUUUAUGGUUUUUAAUGAAAUAUAUGAUUAUAUAAAAGUAAAUUGAAUGAGAAAUAUGCGGUAUAUUAUU